UUUGCGAGCACCUUCAUGGCCGCCGUCUUAUUAUCGAUGCUGUGGAGCCUCAGACUGCUCAUCCAAGGCGUGGCCUCCUCCGCCUGCGGCGUCACCUGCUCCACCGACUACAACGCUCUCCUCAACUGCUCCUGCGCGUCCGUCCCGACGCACCCGCUGCGCCUUGACGUCAACUGCAGCGACGGCGAGCUCCACGUGGCCGGCAGCUGCCAGGUGACGCCUCCUCAGUCCUGGUGCGUCAUGUACCCGCCGGCGCUCUACGACGUCGCCGUCGUCGGGACCGAAUGCACGACGACGGUCGGCCGACGGGGCGGCCCGGAGGGCGAGUUGUCCACCUGGGCGCUCUACAACGUGGUGAAACCUCCGCCGCCUUCCAACGUCCGGGCGAUGAGCGCUGACGGAUUCUACAACAUCACGUGGGACCACAGCAGCGACCGCAACCAUUGUCUGACUUACAGGCUGCGCAUCCGAGCCAGCCCAGGUGUCUCGCAGGAUCCAGCGCGUUCCUUCUUGGUGGAUGAGAGGUUCCUCGUCAUACGCCACAAGGAGCUGCCACCCCGUGCCACGUGUAGCGUGGCGGUCCAGGCCAAGUUGUGUCCCAGUAACCCGUCUCAGGGCCCGUGGAGCGAGUGGAGUUUCACGGUCAAGUGGACGACCACGCCGACAAACUCAGCGGACGUCGGAGUGAAAGGAUCCUGGCUGUACGUCCUGCUAGCCGUCGUCGUCGCCGUCGGCGCCGCGCUGCUGCUGGGUUGCUCUCGAAAACCGUUGUUGCUGAAAAGACUCCAGCUGAGCACGUACGUGUCCAAGCCGCACAGCUUCUUCGAGCCGCUCUACCUCAACUAUCGAGGCAACUUCAAGGACUGGGUCAAGCCCAUGUUCAGCGAGCACGACUUUUUCUGCCACAAACGCGACGCGAGCGCAGAAGCGGACGAGGAGACGCGAGGCAGCGGGACCCUCCUCGUCCGCGCCCCCUUGGCACAAUUGCAACACGUGUCCAUUCACACGGUGACUCUGUGCGGAGAGGAGUCCCAGGAAGGGUCCAGUCCGAACUACGGGGAGCUGCCGGACCGCGAGCCGGCGGAGCCGGAAGUGGACGAGCAGGACGAGGAGCAAGAGGAGCGAGCCUCGCUGGCCUCCGGGCAGCGGUCGGACGACGGCUACCCCCGCGUGGACUUGGACACGGUGGACAGCGGUUUCGGGGAGUGCGCCAGCCCGUCCCAUUCCGGCUCGCGAGACCGCUGCGGAGAUUUCCCACCCGGGCGACUAACCUCGCGCUCCAACUACGUCAAGCAGUGGAUGAUGUGUAGUGACGCUGGGGAAGAGUCGGAAAACGCUCCACGUUGAACAGUCGAGUAGUUUUACUCUUCAUUUUGUAAACGGAUUAUAUAUGUACAAUAUACAGAAUGUUGUUUGUAGGUCACUAAUAACUUCAUCUCACUGAAGGAAGUGCAAAGGGUGACAUUUUCGACAUAUUUUGUUCAUCUUAUUCUUGUUGGAAUCAGAAUACCUUGUUAAAAUCUUUAGGUAUUUAUUUUGUCCCCUUCUGUACCAACUAUGGGUCUAAUUUCAUGUAUUAUUUUUAGAUAUUUUUUUGUUUUGUCCAUUGACUCAAAAGGCCAAUGACACUUUUUAUUUUGUGAAACCAUUCCAUUGUGUCAAGUCAAUCAUAAGGAUGUAUUUUUUCGUAUGCAUUUUGCUCCUGCAAAUCAAAAUAUGAGGAUAACUUGUCUUUUUUCCCCCCAUAAACAUUAUUUGAUUUUGUCCAUUUAUUCAAAAUCUCAGAAUGGCUUAUAUUCUUUCUUCAAUCAAA